CCAGUGCACCGUAUGUUGCGAUGUCUCGGCUUUUCUGCAGCAGCUGUUUUUUUUACGCCAUGCCGUGGUUAUCGAGUUAGAUUUUUGCAAGAUUUCAACAAAAAGACUGGUCCCAAGCUGAGAACAAUGCCGACAACUUGGAAAGGCCGCAUGCAGUGGUGGAGAGAACCGUAUGUUACGUGGUGGAGAGAACCAAUUUAUGUGGCGCCACAUGUCAGUGUUCUACAAAAAGGACCCGAUUUCACAUUUCAGGACGGUCGGCCAGUUUUCGUCACAUCGAUAGAUGAAUUACAGCGGCGGAAGGAACAAAUUGAAUUGGGUGUAAGUAAUAUCUGA